AUGGCCCAGGGGACACCCAUCGCGAAUGACUCGCCACCCAUUCAACCCGUUAAUUUGGCCGAGGUAGAUGAGGUGACCAAGAGCAAGCAAAAAAUCACACGCAACUCACCCAUGCGACUGCGCAUGGAGGCUUUGAUCAAGGAACACCAAAAUCGGAUAGUCUUUGCACUGGAGAAUGUGGAUGGGAAGAAGUUCAGGCGGGACGAGUGGACGAGACCAGCCGGUGGAAGUGGCAUCUCAUGCGUUCUGCAGGAUGGCAAUGUCUUCGAGAAAGCUGGUGUCAACAUCAGCGUCGUCUAUGGAGAGCUAUCACGUCCAGCCAUUGAGAAGAUGCGGUCAGACCAUAAGUCCUUUGUUGCUUCGGAUGUCGACAAAUUAAACUUCUUUGCAGCAGGCAUCUCGCUUGUACUGCACCCUCAUAACCCCAUGGCUCCGACGGUCCACAUGAACUACCGAUACUUUGAAACAUCUGAUCCCAGAGACCCGGUCAAUGCAACGGGCACGUCUCAACAAAACUGGUGGUUUGGCGGAGGCACAGACCUGACACCUUGUUACCUAUUUGAAGAAGACGCCCAAUACUUCCACAAGACCCUCAAGGCCGCCUGCGACAAGCACGACAGAGACUACUAUCCCAGGUUCAAGAAGUGGUGCGACUCUUAUUUCAAGAUCCCACAUCGAAACGAAGCGCGGGGCAUUGGCGGCAUAUUCUUCGAUGACCUCGAAGCGGCUUCACGACCGAACUCUCGCAAUCCGCAGGAGGAAAUCUUCCAAUUCGUCGCCAGCGGUCUCGAGUCAUUCUUACCUUCAUACCUACCUAUAAUCAAGAAGAGAAAGGACAUGCCGUACUCGCCCCAACAAAAAGAGUGGCAACAGAUCCGACGAGGAAGAUAUGUCGAAUUCAAUCUCAUCAAUGAUAGGGGGACCAGCUUCGGGCUGCGAACCCCAGGUGCUCGAGUCGAAAGCAUUCUGAUGAGUUUGCCAUUAACGGCCCGUUGGGAAUAUAUGCAUCCCGUUUGUGGUACUGGCAUCCCUGAAAAUCGAGAUGACGACGAUGAUUCCCAGUAUGAGAAAGAAAAGGAGCUAAUGGAAGUCCUCAAGCACCCCAGAGAGUGGGUCUAA